AUGAGACGUCGCGUCGGCAUUGGAGCUAUUCAGCAACAACAAAUUGCCGCUGAGAAACUAAAAGAUAAAGGCAACGACUUGCAAGAAAGUCAACUGGAACAGAUGACCAAACAAAUGGAAGUGUUUCGUGAAAAGCUAGAAGAAUUCUCGAUUAGUCAUAAGCAGGACAUUAAGAAAAAUGCACAAUUUCGUAAACAAUUUCAAGAAAUGUGUGCUGCUAUCGGAGUCGAUCCGUUGGCUUCGGGUAAAGGUUUCUGGAGUGUUCUCGGUAUGGGUGAUUUUUACUAUGAACUGGGGGUACAAGUCGUUGAGGUAUGUUUGGCAUUGAAUCAGAAAACAGGGGGUUUAAUGGAAUUAAACGAACUGAGACGCCGCUUGAUUGCAGCAAGAGGUCAAAGCGCCGUCCAUCAAGAAAUAACAAAUGAAGAUAUACUUAUGGCCACAAAGAAACUGAGUAUAUUUGGCAAUGGAUUUGUUGUACACAAACUGGGCAAGGGAAAAUAUAUUGUUCAAUCUAUACCCGGCGAACUGAGUAUGGAAGAAACUACAAUUUUGACACUGGCAUCUGAUACAGAACAGGGAUAUGUAACACAUAGUAUGCUUAUGGAACAAUUGGGUUGGCCUGACUACAGGGCACGUCAAUCCUUGGACAAAAUUGUUGGUGAAGGUUUAUGUUGGAUAGACGAACAGGAUACUGAACCUAGUUAUUGGUUUCCAAGUUUAUUUCCUGGCAGAACGACUCAGUUAAACGCAUAA